AAGAAAGGAUUGUUGGGAUUAUUUUCAACAGCACAGGAAGUUUGUCCUUGCACCGAACAGACGUGCACUCGGGAUGUUGAAUAAUAUGAAAUCCAAUGGUCGAUGAGAAGGACCGGAAGAGCCAUCUCACCAAUCACAUUCAAGGUUUAAUACCUGUGACGGUCAGCCGGUUGUCCAAAUGAUGCGUUUGUGAUCCCCAGCAUUUGCAAAGACGGAAAUUGUUGAGUGUUUUGAGUCACAGGGCAUUAUAAAAGGGUCGGCUUUUUGUAUGGGGUUUGAGACAUCUCAAGAGAUUUUCAAUUCGGAAUCAAUUUUCAUUUUCUAUUCAGAACCCGUCCUCAGUUUAUAAACAUCUCUUGUCCUCUUCACUCGCUUUACCGCAACGAUAUGCCUCUUUGGCGCAUUUACCAUGCCACUGGAGCCAUUGCUCCUCCUGACCAGGCCAAAUUAGCCCAGCUCAUUACCGACCUCUACUCGAAGCCACCUGCGACCCUUCCUGACUUCUACGUAGACGUUAUCUACGUUGAAGUGCCGACAGACAAAUUUUUUGUGGCCGGAAAACCUCGAAACGAUUUUGUCAGAUUCAGCAUUGAGCAUCUUGCCGUCCAGCUGGAUAAAGAUCCCGUUCGUAUGGUUCGUUUCCACGAGGCAAUCGACCGUGUUCUCAUUCCAUUCCUAAACGAGCGAGGCCUUGAAUGGGAGUAUAGCGUUGUCAAUGGAAUCAGAGAAGAGUGGAGAAUCAAUGGAUUGGCCCCUCCGCCCUUCUUGAGCGAUGCAGAGCGUUUGUGGGCAAAGGAGGGACGUGCGGUGCCAUAUUGAGUCUCUUAGCAGCAUUUUCAAAUUUUCGCAUUGCGGCUUGACUCGGAUCAAAGCAGUUGAAAGGGCAGCGGGCUCACUCAUCUCUGCAAUAGUUACAUUUUUGCAAAUGUAUUUAGAUUGUCCACGGUUCUACCUCCUUUAAAAUCUAUGUAUCCGC